AUGACUCAACCGAAGUGGGUUAUUUCAAUGGGCUCUUGUGCAAAUGGUGGUGGUUACUAUCAUUAUUCAUAUAGUGUUGUACGUGGCUGUGAUCGAAUUAUUCCGGUUGAUAUAUAUGUCCCAGUUGGACCUACCAGUUUUUUGAAUUUAACUUGCUAGCCACAAACUAGAGGAUCUAACCUAAUUCCAUUUAAUAAAUCAUACUCAGAAGGGAAAACACAGACAGUUAUUGAAUUGAUUACUUGCCCGUGUACUCGACUACGAGAGAUACUUCUACGAAGACUAAAAAUACUACCUGGCUACUUAUUUUAUUUAACAGUUGGGGAGUAGUGUGGAAUAUAUAGAGCAUAUCUCAGUCACUAGUCGGUGAACGUUCACAUCCUUAUCAGACAUGCAUCAUCUCCAUCUAGUAGCCUGCGAGUAGCUUCAGCAUUAUUCACGUGGUGGUUGGACUAUACACGUGCAAAACUGUCGUGACAACUACCAACAAUCUACACAUAUCUUAAACCAUCAGAUACCACUUCACAUGCGUAAAUAUAGGGUUAGCUGCUGCGCGCCGUAUCCUUUCUUUUGUUAAGCGAAUGGGAAUGUAUCAUGUUUAGUUACUUUAACAAUAAUCAGUUAUAUAUGACUAAUUUCUUUGGGUGACAACCAUUUAAUUGAGUAAAUAACACUGACUUAAUCAUAGUUUGAGAUGUUUUACACGCUCAUUCUGUGGAUUCAAGCUUAGCCAUCAUCAAUAUAGAUUAAAAGGUUUAGAGAAAACAACCUAUGGUUUCCGACUAAAGUCGUAUUCAGAUGCCGUACUGUUCAAAGCCAUCCAAUAUUUUCAAUAACAUUAGUUUUUUGUUGAUUCUCUGAUUCAUUGUACCAAUAAGAAAUAUAACAACUUGAGGCUUCGUUCCUUUGUGCUAGGUUAUAUGAUUUUCAUGACUAACUGAUUUAAAGGUCCCAUGUUAACUUAAUGCAGACUUUUUCGGUGAGACUAUAAUUUAUGGACGACCUUUAAGCGACGCUGAAGUGACCUUGAGAGUGUUCACUUAAU